UUUCCGUGUGGGACUAGUCAGUCUGUGAAUGCAGCCAAGACAUUAUUGAAAGGGGGCGGCAAUGCACCAAAGGGGUGGAUGCCAACCGCCAUAAAAUCAAAGAAGAAGAAGAAGAAGAAAAAGAAGAAGAAGAAGCCCUCCAGAUGACUGCAAAACCCCGGAAGUGAAUAUUUAAUGUGGUUGCUCGCCACCGCAGGAAAAUAAGUUUCGUUUUAUUUAUUUAUUAUUAUUUUUUAAUAGAAAUGAUUAUGAUUUGAUUUAAAUGUAUGCCCAACAGUAGGUUAUCACGGUAGGAUAUUGUUGCUACUCGCUAAACAAUCUUUAGGCGUACUGUAGAAGGCAUGAUAUUUCCACUUGAAUGUACCCUAGAGUAACUUCCCUUGACGGCCAUGAAGUGAUCUCGUGCCUCCGAGGUGGGUUAGACUGUCAUUGAUGCGCCAUGUAGCUUGUUUCUGCUAGUUUGAGUACGUUCCCGCCUCCGGAGUUACGUCCCCUCCUACAUUGUCCUACAGAGGACACGUAGUUGUUUGCUCUGAGCCGCACAAGAGAGACUGUGAUCAUGUGCAAAUCCAACCGCCGGCCCAAACCCCUACAGUCGGGAAACGGCUGUGACCGGAUGAUGUGGCGUCGUGUCCGGGUACUGCUGCUGUGUCUCCUCGGGGUGCUGGUGCUUACGCUGGGAGUCGGAGUCUACCACCUGUCCAACGACAGCACCACCACUGGGAAUGUUAACCGCAUGCUGGUUGCAGAUCUAACCAAGGACCGGUUAUUGCACAAACACAGUAAGUCCUCUCCAGCUCAAAUACGCCACCUGGCAUCCCAAGUGGAUGGGACUCGUCUGUGGGAGACGUACCUGAAGCCCAUCCUGAUAGAGAGGCUUCCCGGGACGCAAGGCAGCUUGGUUGUACAGCAGCACAUCACCUCCACAUUGUCCUCCCUGUCUGCUGGCUGGGACAUCGGCCUGGACUCCUUCCAAUCUUCGACUCCUCGCGGACAGGUCACGUUCACGAACAUUGUCGCCACCUUGGACCCUUCAGCUCCACGUAGGCUGCUGCUAACAUGCCAUUACGACUCCAAGGCGCUACCUCCAGACAGACACGCCCCAGAGAGGGUGUUUCUUGGGGCGAGUGACUCGGCAGUGCCUUGUGCUAUGAUCUUGGAGCUGGCGACCUCUCUGGAUAAUCAGCUUAGGUCCUUCAAACAACAGAAGUUCCCAUUAUCUCUUCAGCUUGUGUUCUUUGAUGGGGAAGAGUCCUUUGAGGAAUGGACCGCCACUGACUCACUGUACGGCUCCCGUCACAUGGCUGAGCGCAUGGCCCGCACGCCUCACCCUGCCGGCUCCACACACACCACCAUGCUAGAAGCUGUGGAUCUCUUUGUGCUGCUUGACCUUCUCGGUGGCCCCGAUCCAUUGAUUGUAAACCACUUUGACAACACAGCACGCUGGUUUGACCGUUUGAUUGCUGCAGAGAAGCGCCUUCAUCGUCAGGGCCUGCUGGUGUCGCACCCCUCGGAGCAGACUUACUUCAGGAAGGACUUGUUCUUUGGACCAGUCCAGGAUGACCACAUACCCUUCCUGCAUAGAGGUGUGCCCGUGCUACACAUCAUCGCCACACCCUUCCCAAAGUUCUGGCAUACGCUGGACGACACAGAGGAGAACAUUCAUCGUCCCACCGUGGAGAACCUGACCAAGAUCAUGGCGGUGUUUUUGGCUGAAUACCUUGGCUUCUGAAGGAAAAAAACAAAACAAAAACUUGAUGUGUGACUUACUUCUGAUGACUUUCUCAUCAACCUCUUAAAAGUACGGUACUCUGUCACUGGUGGAGAGAGACGAAGCCUCGAUGGACCAGCAAAGAAGCUUGACUUACCAAAGACGUGAUGAGCUGCAAGACUGCCAUGUCAGCAUUUAAGGUCAAGUAUUUCUUCUACUACCUGCUGAAUGUCGUACCUGAAGAACAGCCGAGCCCAUAAAUAACAUUCAUUGCUGUGAAGCAUUCUAUUCACGCUAAUUUAUAGUUGAAUAAGUCUUCGUUUGUUAAUGGGACAAAUGUUCUUGAGAUGUAUUUCUACUAAAUGUCAAAAACACUGAAAAGCUGAUAUUAGAAAACAUACAAAAGAUGUCGGAACGCUUUCCUGCACUUUGACACAUUGAAGAAGCCUAACUGUGAAAGUGUCUUGGUGGUCAUCACAGCACAUUUGUUACAUUUAAAUUAUUCUUAUACUGUACUGUAUGUAUGUUUACAAUCAUGUUUGAGCCAUCCUGCAGUGCCUAAUAAGUGAUGUUUGGCAAUUAACUUCACUGUCGAUUGCCUGUUUGUGAAGAAAUUGGGGAUCAAUGGAUAGUCAUAGAUUGUCUAUAUAGCAAGAUGUUUGUUUACGUGAACGCAAGCAAAGAUGGACACAUUUUUGUCACCAAAAAUGCAGAGGCGUGAUUGUCCUGCCUCCAAAGAUUUUGCACAGCAAGACCAACAGUCAAAGAUCAGCUCAUCAACAGAAGUGUUGCUCACUUGUCAAUGAAAAUGCAGAGUGAUGGGCCACUAAGCUAGCAUAUCUGUCUGUUUAGCGGAGGAGCCGGGUUUGGCCCCUGAAUGACAGGAGAACGGCCUGAAAGUUAAGUUCAAAACUGAACGACAGACAUUUUUACAGCAGAUUUCUUAAAACGCCAGAGCACCUUUUGUCAUUUAGAGGAACUUUGACUUGAAUUUUUGCAACCUGUCUUUAAAAACAGCAGAAUACUCCUGUUGUAUGGAGCAGUGGUUCUCAACUACUUUGGCCACGGGAAAUUUUUCAACUCAAAUUUCUUAAAUAUCUUUUGAGAAUUAUCAGAGCAACUGGAUUCAGACCUGGAUGAGGUGAAACAUCUUGAAGAAAGUCAAGCAAGUCCAGUUGCUCUGAUUCAACUCCUCAGAUAAACUGUACAAUAAAAUAACAGGACGUCCAUUUCUUCUGCAGACCACAGCUCUGUCUGGGUCAAGAAGUCAAAUUGGGCAUGAAACACCUCACAGACUUGUCAUACUGUACUUGGGAGUCUGCACUGUGGGUGGAAUUCCCCCACGCAACACACUGAGCUGGAGCGGUGAGACGCUCGUCUCUUUUACAGCGUGUUCUUCUCCAGCAGAUAUCUAGCUCUGUGUUUUGGAUGGACACCACUUUAAGUUCAAACGCUAUUUCCUUCCUCUCCUCAAGCAAGUCACACGUAAACAUGGCACGCACCUCGGGGUGGCGUAGCAAGCAGAUAGCACAGAUGCGAUGUGCAUUCGGGGACAUGGGGUCACAAGACAAUUUUUUUGGCAACCCACUGAAAACAGUUGAAAAUUGGUAUUGUGGACCUUUUGACUAGCAUACGCGUAUUGCUUGUCCCCCAACCCCACCCCCCAGUCCUUAGCUUUCUGAUGAUAUGGCCCUCAUAGAUGUACACUGCAGGUCAUAUAAAUGUACUUUAUUACAUCACCAUGUAAUAUAAAAAAUAGAAUGCAUUUAAUACAAUAAAACGAAAACACAAGUGAUCCCUUUUCAACACCAUGAAAUAGUAAAUGACAAUACAUUAUCUUUGGUAAAAAUCUGGAGUUUUUGCGUUUUUGUGUGUGUGUGUGUUGCCUGUUUAAAAACUCCCAGCUGACAAAUAAAUGUGCAUUAGCCCGCACAGGCUGUAAUAUCAGCAUAAUUUUGGUAAGAAAUGGCUCAUAACACCAGACAAAGACUAGCAUAUUUUUCAUACAGUCACAUUUCCCUUUAUCCCCCCUGUUCUUUAAAUACAUAGUUCAGUUUUUUUAAUACAUGAUUUGUCAAUGCAAUUUUUUUUGGAUGAAAAUGGAGUGACCGCUUUAAAAAGAAUAGUAAUUUGCCAUUAAGAUGAACUUGAAACGUUUUUUUUUGUUGUUUGUUUGUUUUGAGUAAAAUGAAUAUCAUUUCCUAUCGGAUUUUCUUUCAAAUAAACACUGAAGGAUACAUGCAUUUUUGGAUUAAAUGUACAAACAAAAACAAACAUGCACAUUAAUAAAAACACAAAAGCCAUGAAUUAUUGUAACAAAAUGCAACACUUAAAUGGGCUUUUGUGUACUGCAAAUGGCUAAAAAGUUCCACCGCUGUCUAUCAUGACAGUGGAAGUGUCACAUGACCAAUUCAAAAUGGAAGCAUGCUGUCCCUUAUGCUAAGGGUUUUCUCCAAUAAAAAACAAAAAAAAGAGGUCAUGAGUCCAACCAUGGUCAAACACAGCGUAAACAUUGUAAUGAAACUGAAUAAAAAUGUGCAAAAUAUACAAAUAAAAAAAACAUGACAACGCAUCCAAAGGGGUGGCUUAUCAGCGGAGUCCAUUUGGAUGCAGACAUAACAUUUCAUAAAAAACAAACAUGUUAGCUUUAAUAUAAGGCACUUAUUAUUGACACACUGAGCUGUUGGACCCCCAUUGACGACAAGUGGGAGACAGGAGGGGUCACAGCAAAGGCUUUAGUGUCAUGCACCAUCUUGAAGUCAAGUUCUGCACUGUAAAGCUUUCAUUGACCGUUUCCAACUUGAGCCAAUUAGUGUCCUAUUAAAAAUAACAUUGCAUAGAUUUAAAAACGGAGGGCAUGAGACGAGGCUGCAAAAACAUAAGCAUUUGAAUUAAUGAAUAAGUUAUGUAUUGCAGCUGCUGCAUUGCUGGGAUUUUUCCAUCUUUUGGGGAAUGGGUGUACAAAGUUUAGCCGGCAAUAUUCCACCUCCCGAGGUAGAAUGAGGCGGGACAACAUCUAUAUGACAGGGAAUGCUGAAACACACUUUGUUGUCCUGCAUCUAAUUCUCUGAUUGCAGGAUGGCGUGUCUCUGUGUAAAAGCAGUUGAGCCAAUGUCCUUUGCUGGAUUCUGCGUUAAAGGCAAAGGCAACAGAUUAUUGCUGUUAUGCAGGAUCUUGAGCCUCUUUCACACAGAGAUCCAGCAAAAUUGGUGCACCAGAUCCAUAACAAUAGAUCCAGCAUUUGUCCUUCAUUUCGCACAGAACCCAGCGAGACGCAAAUGUAAACACACAAUAACGCAAUCAGAUAAUUUCAUGCCGGCGUUUGGUGUUGCAUGUACAAUGCUUUUCGGGCAACUGCUUUCACACAGGCGCCGUCCCGCUUCUGUUACAACUUGUGUAAAAUGUGAAGAUGACUCCUGGGUAGUGAAACGUCUUACAAUAUUUUUGGAUAUGGCAGCCAACUGGCCAACGUUCUAGACUUGUGCAUUUCCCAGAUGGUUUGAUGAAUAGUUACUGUGGUGGAGCCAAGACUAACUGCGACUGCACUGCCAAUAAAAACCUCAAACAUCCUUUUUUGCAAUCAACAUCUGCACUCGCUGAAAGGUCCUUGCACAAUAUAAUACAGUAUCCUACACAAUGAGUAUAUGCUUCACAUUCCAGCAACCAUUUUUAUUACUGUAUAUCUUCUCAAGGCACAAGACUAUAGAAAUGAACAGUCCGUGUACAGCUUUGUAUCGCAGGAUAGAUUUUCAAUCCACUGAAAAUAAGUAAUCACGCAGCCAUUAUUGUCCAAACAGCUGGCAACACAAGUGAGCGCACCUCA